GAUUGGUUAAAGAGCUAGGAAAUGCAUUGUGGGUUGAAAAAGCGCACGUGAGGAGGCCUUUCCAUUUUCGACGAAGGAAGGUCCUGGCUGGAAUAUUUGCACCCAAAUAAAUUCAAGCGGUACUCGGUGUUCAACGGGAUCACCAUUUGUUAAAAACUUUCUAUCCAUCGCAAAGCAUAGACAAUUGUCUAUAUUCACCCCAUGGCUUUGCGAUCAAAGUUUGAUCCAGUUCUUCAAGGGUUGGACAAAAACUUCAGAUUAACAAAAUAUACUAGUCUUCAUGGCGGAGGUUGCAAAGUGCCCAACGAUGUUUUGCAUAAAUUACUUGAAGACUUGGGGCAAUCACAAUACAAAGAAGAGCAGUUUAUGGGAGGAAUGAUUAUGCCUCGUCUGGGAAUUGGCAUGGAUACUUGUGUGAUACCACUAAGGUUUGGAGGUUUAUCGCUUCUACAAACUACUGAUUUUUUCUAUCCAUUAGUCGAUGAUCCGUACAUGAUGGGCAAAAUUGCAUGUGCCAAUGUGUUGAGCGAUAUGUACGCCAUGGGUGCAAUUGAAUGCGACAAUAUGUUAAUGCUGCUCGGUGUUAGUUCAAAGUUUUCAGAAAAGGAGAGAGAUACUAUUGUCCCUCUCGUCAUCCGUGGUUUCAGGGAUUGUGCGGAAGAAGCUGGAACAUCUGUAACUGGAGGCCAAACUGUCUUAAAUCCAUGGUGUCUUAUUGGUGGUGUAGCAACUGCUGUUUGUCAACCUAACGAAUACAUAAUGCCGGACAAUGCAGUUCCUGGUGAUGUUCUGGUAUUGACGAAACCACUUGGUACACAAGUUGCGUGCAAUGCUCAUCAAUGGUUGGAACAAGUGCAAGAUAAAUGGAACAGAAUAAAACUUAUCGUUACAGAAGAAGACAUUGAAAAGGCAUAUCAAGAUGCAAUGUUUAUUAUGUCCCGACUUAAUCGAACUGCUGCUCAGCUCAUGCAUCAAUAUGGCAGUCACGGUGCAACUGAUGUAACAGGCUUUGGAAUACUCGGCCAUGCUAAAAACCUUGUCAAACAACAACGAAAUGAAGUCAAUUUCAUCAUUCAUAAUCUACCAUGUAUCAACAAAAUGGCAUCUAUUGCCAGAGCAUGUGGGAAUAUGUUUGGGUUAUUACAAGGCACAUCUGCAGAAACAUCAGGCGGUUUGCUAAUCUGUAUGCCAAGGGAAGAUGCUGCUAAAUAUUGUGUUGAAAUAAAAAGAGUUGAGGGGCAUCAGGCUUGGAUUAUUGGCGUUGUUGAGAAAGGUGAUCGAACAGCUCGCAUAAUAGAUAAACCUCGUGUCAUAGAAGUAGAGACUUUAGAAGAUGGAACAGUGCAGAGUGUACCGCCGACAUCGACUCCUAGAAGAAACUCAACGCAGCUCAAAACGCCUAUAUCACCACAACUUCAACAACAUCAUAGGCUGAACAAUCAGAAAUCACUUGAACCAUCACAUAACAGAUUGCCAACUCAAAUCAGUCAAUCACAAGUACAACCUACUAAUAACCAUCAUAUAUCCCAUCCAAGUGUGACCAACGCUGCUACAAUUCAAGAUCAUCAUAUCGCUCAUAUUGCAGACGUGUCUCAGCAUGAAACUGUACAGAUGCAGCAGGUUGGAGUACAAGAUUCUCAGUCGUAUCAUCAACAACAAAUACAGCAGCAAUCCCAAUAUCGACCGCAUCAACCUUGAGAAAGCAUUGUGAUAUAUUGCAGAUGACGCCUAGCCUGGCACACUUUUUCUGUUGUACGAUUUUAAGAACUUUAAAAUGGGAUGAACGGAUCCACGUUCAUGGACACAUACCACGGUCAGAAUAUUGGGCAUUAUACUGGCUGAUGGAUGAUUCCGUGUCACAUGUCUGUGGGUACAAAUAGUCAUAGAUUAUUUUCAACAAAGAAAACAUGGAGAAAUAUUAUGCAGCAAGAUUAAAUGAAUCAUGUAUAGAAAAUUACUGCGUUAUGGAGUGGAUCACUGUAUAAUAUUUGAAAACAAAUCGAAAUGUUACAUAGUCUAGUGACGAUUGCCAAACUAAUCAUGGUAUCAAAUUAAAUGGCAAAAAGAAACAUGGCUUUAGUAAAAAUAGCCAUGUGUUUGUGCUUUGGACAUUGGUUUAAAUCAAUGGGGGUCUCAGCUGUAUUCCAAUCCAGGGUUGUGUGAAUAUGAGUGCAAUAUGGAUUAUGGGAGAGACAAGCUACUUUAACUUUGAAUAAUUAUACUUUCCAGCUUUUUAGUCCUGAAUUUUGCUUUUUCAGUAAUUAUCAAUACUAAUACUGUUGCCUAAAUAAAAAUAAAUGGUUUCGUUGGUAAAUGUUGAGGAUGAUCUUGUUUCAUAUGAGGUGCUGUUUUAAGUGUUGAUAAUGAGUCAAUUAAUUCCGCUACAAUAUACUUUUCAUGUAAUAUU